GGGGGCGAGGCCAAGCGAGCAGGCGCGGCGGGACUGAGGCGCUUCAGCCGCUCCUGAGGAGAAGAGAGAGAGAGACACACACACAGACGCAGAGUGGGAGAGGGAGAGAGAAACUUGCUCGUUGGGCUCCGGAUGCCGUUUCCCGGCGGGUUGUGGUGGCUGCUGUGCUGCAGGCAAGGCUUCACGUUGCUGCGGCGGGACUAUGGCGAGGCGGGCAAGGAGGAGGACGAGGCGGCAACGGCGGAGGAGUCCUUCGAGCUGCGGAGCCCCGUCGGAGAGGGACCUACCUUGCAGGUGACUCUCACACAGCCAAGCAGUCGUGCCAGCAGUGGUUCUGAAAGGUCUUUGCCAGUGACUGAAGAAAUGCACAGUCUGAUCACAGAGAAGAAGUGUGGUCGAGUACAAGGUGAAUCUGAUGCUAUUGUGAAAGGCUGGCUUCAGAGAGAAGUCCGGGGUGGUAUUAAAACCCCAUGGUUGCGUCCUCGCAAGUACUGGUUCGUUCUGACAGAGGAUUCCCUUGACUACUACAGUGGGUGUGAGAUGAGCGCCCGGCGCCUUGGCUCUCUUGUUCUCACUAGCCUUUGCUCUGUGCUGUGGCCAGACAAGCAGACCUACAAAGAGACAGGAUACUGGGCUGUUACGGUUUUUGGCAGGAAACAUUGCUACCGACUAUACACAGAACACUUAAAUGAGGCUGUGCAUUGGGUCUGUGCUUUGCAGAAGGUCAUUGUCAGCAAGGCUCCUGUGCAGACCCCCACCCAGAUUCUCAUGUGUGACAUCGAGGAAAACCGUAAUAAUCCAGAAAUCUUGGAUCAAAUUUAUCACAAUAACCCCGUACUGUGUUAUACAGGUGGCCCAAUUUAUGCACCAUUGUUGCCUUUUCCUUAUGCAGCUCCAGGCGGCCAAGGUUAUGCAGGGCUCCGUGAUGAAGCUGUUAAGCUCUUUCACUCCCUGCAGCAACUGGAGGGGGUGCGAGAGCCAGCCCUGCUCAUGCAAGGGGUGCUGCAGACUUGCCACGACCUCCCACCUCUAGUGGAUGAGAUCUACUGCCAACUGGUGAAGCAAACAACAGAACCACCGAUGCCAGGUGCACCCUCAGACUUGCGCUACUGGCAACUGCUCACGUGCAUGAGCUGCACGUUCCUGCCUUCCCUGCCUGUAUUGUGCUACUUGCAGCUGCAUCUACAACGGACAGAAAAUAAGUUCCCCGGCUCAGAGAUGGUUAUGUAUGGACACUUCAUCACAGAGGCCCUGUGCAAGACCAAAGGCCGGGAGUGUGUGCCCUCACUGGAUGAGAUCACACGGUUAAUGGGACGCCAAGAAAUGGUGUGCACUGUGCACUGCCCUGGCACUGACACGUGCCAGGUGGCCAUCACUUCCCAUACCACAAUCCAAGAGGUGGCCCGGGAACUGAUGUUGCGCCUGGGCCUGGCCUGUAGCCCCAACUCGUUUGUCCUCUAUGAGGAAAGCUGGCAGCAUGGAUGCCCCCUUCCAGAGGAUGCCCUGGUGGCAGAUGUCCUUGCGAGGUUUGAAAACUUGACUGGGGAAGAGCAAUACUGGAAGCCUCCCGCAAGACUCUGGUUCAGGCACUAUGGGCGUCCAACUGUGGACAGUGUCCCAUGCGAUAGCCAAGAAUUUGCACUGCUAUUUAAGAAGGGGAUUUAUCACUGCAGUAUUAUCUGCUGGACUUUGGAAUGGCACCUCUCUGGCCAAGCAGAAGGUGGGACAGAAGGAAAGACGACACAGCCAUCUUCAGGAAGAGGCCAGCAAGGGCAGAUGGAAGCCGUUUCAAGUGAUGAGACAACCGGGAACCACACCAACCUAUCUCAGCCUGGUGGACAAGUGGUUGGCCUUUGGUUUUGCCCUCUUUGAUGCAGAGGCUCAUGAGGCAAAGGAGAUUGUGUAGCAUCUACAGGCAAGCAUGUUCAGCACCACCCUGCCACAGGAGACUCUCACUGACUACACUAACCAAGGCUUCACUCAAUCUGCAAAAUACGCGACUCUGCCUAAGCUGACGGACUCCUAUUUGCUCUGACAGCAUCCUUGCUGUCCAGAACCAGUGCCUUCUCCAGUCAGAUACUUGUAGCAGGGAUACUAGUGGUAAUUUAUGCUCCUAAGGAGCUGGUAACUAUGUUUUCUCUCCUGUGCAGAGGGAUUCCCCACCCCAACUUGUAUUAAAAAAUAUUUAUAUCACUAUGCUUCUUGUCGUU